AUGAAGUUCCCCAUCGCUCUUCUCCCUCUUCUUUGGACGUCUUCUGUCGUGGCAGCUCCAGCUCAUGUCAAAAGAGCGGCGCCCACUGCAACGAUUGCCUCCCCUGCAGCCACCAUAGUCGGGAAAACGAGCCUUGGGGUGGAUGUUUUCAAUGCCAUUCCGUUCGCCAAACCACCGACGGGCUCUUUGCGUCUCAAGCCUCCGCAGCCCUUGACGGACCCAUUGGGAACCGUCGAUGCUACAGCUUUCCCUAAAGCCUGUCCGCAGUUUUUCUUCUCUACGAACGACGAGGACUGGCCUAUCUCCAUUCUCGGAGACCUGACCAACCACCCACUCUUUCAGACAAUCACCAAUGCGGGCGAGGACUGCCUGACCUUGGAUAUCCGCCGGCCUGCUGGCACGACAGCAGACGAUAAGCUACCGGUGCUUGUUUGGAUCUUUGGUGGAGCAUUUGAGCUUGGCGGUACCGCCAUGUAUGAAGCUACCCCGCUGGUGAAGAGCUCUGUAUCACUUGAUAUGCCAAUUAUUCAUGUUGCAAUGAACUAUCGCGUCGGCGGCUUCGGGUUUCUUCCCGGGAAGGAGAUUCUAGCUGAUGGCGCUGGCAAUCUUGGCCUACUCGAUCAACGCCUUGCCCUCGAGUGGGUGGCUGAUAAUAUAGCUGCAUUUGGAGGGGACCCAGAGAAAGUGACCAUCUGGGGCGAAUCGGCUGGUGCGAUCUCUGUAUUCGACCAAAUGCUUCUCUAUGAUGGAGACAAUACCUACAAGGGCAAGAAACUUUUCAGGGGCGCGAUUAUGAACUCAGGCGGCAUUGUACCAGCAGACCCUGUUGACAGCGCCAAAGGUCAGGCGGUCUACGAUGCAGUUGUUUCUGAAGCUGGAUGCUCAUCCGCACCCGAUACUCUUGAGUGUCUAAGGGAUUUGGAUUACGAUUCCUUCUUGAAUGCGGCAAACUCCGUACCCGGCGUCCUGAGCUACCACUCUGUCGCUCUCUCAUAUCUGCCUCGUCCGGACGGUACCGCGCUUACUGAUAGCCCAGAUAUCCUAGCCAAGACAGGGAGAUACGCGCGUGUGCCGUUCAUCAGUGGUAAUAUGGAGGAUGAAGGAACAAUCUUUGCACUUUUCCAGGCGAACAUCACCACCAAGCAGGGGGUUGCCGAUUAUCUUUCAAAAUACUUCUUUCAUGGGGCAACUCUCGACCAAAUGGAAGAGCUGGUAGCAACAUACCCCGACAUUACUACGCAUGGAUCUCCGUUCCGCACUGGUCUUCUUAACAACUGGUACCCGCAAUUCAAGCGCAUUGCCGCGAUACUCGGAGAUCUUACAUUCACACUCACACGUCGCGUACUGCUCCAGACUGUUGAGGAUCUCACACCAGAGGUUCCUAGCUGGUCUUAUCUUGCGUCGUGGAACUAUCUCACUCCAGUACUGGGGAGUUUCCAUGGCGGGGAUAUUCUGCAGGUAUUCUACGGAAUUCUGCCCAACUAUGCAUCAAGGUCAAUCCACACGUACUACUUCAGCUUCGUGUACGAUCUUGACCCCAACUCGCGGCGAGGGGGGUUCAUGGAAUGGCCGCAGUGGGGAGAAGAUCAUCAGAUGAUGCAGUUCUUCAACAACCGCGGUGCCCUGCUCAAGGACGACUUUCGGACGGAGUCGUAUAAUUUUAUCACCGCCAAUGUUGAAUCGUUCUAUAUCUAA